CACGGAGAGCACCUCUCAAAAAGUGCUUCCCACGCCACACCAGAACGCUCCUCGUCAUUAUUAGCUGUCUCGCAGUGCACCUGUCACUUGGACGUGAUCGCUGCGACCCAGCAGAGCAAGAUGCGCUACCUUGCAGCCCUGCUCCUAGCCACAGCAAACGCAGCCGAUGUGUGCUCAAACACGCAAGCCAUCGAUGGUCAGCAGUUCCCAGACUGGAUCAAGUCCGGUGGUUCGACAAGGCAAUUAACUGGAGGCGGCACUAGGUACAAGUAUGGAGUCGCGAAAGUCUACGCGCUCGGGCUGUACAUCGACGAAGGCGUUGCGACUGGCGCCCUCUCGAAGUUUGCUGGCAAAGAAGGCAAGCAGCUCGCCGCCGACCAGAAAUUCCACGACGCCGUGAUCCAAGGCAAAUUCGGAAAGACGCUCCUCCUGCAGUUCCACCGCGCGGUCGGUGGCGAGAAGGUCGCCGAGGCCCUCAAGGACUCGUUGUCGGAUAAGCUUGAUGCCAAAACUCUGGAGGCGUUCAAGGACAAGCUCUUCGGGGUCAUCUCGAACGGCGUCAACAAGGGCACGAAGCUCUACUUCGAGUGCUCCGGCGGCGAUGUGGGCAUCUCCGUCGAUUCUCUCAAAGCCCAGGCGAAGGCACCAGCCACAGUCUGCGACGCUCUCUUGAAGACGUACUACGGCAAGGCGCCGGUCAGCGCGCAGGCCAAGGAGGGCAUGGCCCACGGGUUCGCGGCGCUCGCGGCGGCGGCGUAGAGGUGUCUAAUUUGACCCCUCUCGAGAUAUACUUAAACAACAGAACUAGGG